UCAGCCAAAACCGAAUGAAGAAACACCAAAGAAACAGAGAACACGAAGGAAAGAGAGAGAGCCACACAGAGAGACAUGGCAAUGGCAAUGGCACUUCGCAGGCUCUCUUCUUCACUGGACAAGCCGAUUCGGCGCAUUCUCGAUAACGGCAAGGGCGGCUCCCUCUAUUGCAUGUCGUCUUUGCCCGACGAAGCCGUGUACGAAAAGGAGAAAUCUCGUGUCUCAUGGCCAAAGCAAUUGAAUGCUCCACUUGAGGUUGUCGAUCCUGAGAUUGCUGACAUCAUCGAGCACGAGAAAGCAAGACAAUGGAAGGGACUUGAACUGAUUCCCUCGGAGAAUUUCACCUCCGUCUCUGUGAUGCAAGCAGUUGGGUCUGUAAUGACCAACAAAUAUAGUGAAGGAUAUCCAGGCGCUAGAUACUAUGGAGGAAAUGAGUAUAUUGACAUGGCAGAAUCCUUAUGCCAGAAGCGUGCUCUGGAAGUGUUUAGGUUGGAUCCUGCAAAAUGGGGAGUGAACGUGCAAUCUCUGUCUGGCUCUCCAUCAAAUUUUCAAGUUUAUACUGCAUUAUUAAAGCCUCAUGAAAGAAUCAUGGCUCUUGAUCUUCCUCAUGGUGGACAUCUUUCACAUGGCUAUCAGACUGACACAAAGAAGAUAUCUGCAGUUUCAAUAUUCUUUGAGACAAUGCCAUACCGACUAAACGAAAGCACUGGCUACAUUGACUAUGAUCAGCUCGAGAAAAGUGCCACACUUUUCAGGCCAAAACUAAUAGUUGCUGGUGCUAGUGCUUAUGCACGUCUCUAUGAUUACGAACGCAUUCGCAAGGUCUGCGACAAGCAAAAAGCUAUUAUGUUGGCGGACAUGGCACACAUCAGUGGGUUGGUUGCAGCUGGUGUCAUCCCUUCUCCAUUUGACUAUGCUGACGUAGUGACAACAACAACCCACAAGUCACUUCGUGGGCCACGUGGUGCCAUGAUUUUCUUCAGGAAAGGGGUGAAGGAGAUAAAUAAACAAGGCAAAGAGGUGUUUUAUGACUAUGAAGACAAAAUCAACCAGGCUGUCUUUCCUGGACUUCAAGGUGGUCCCCACAAUCACACAAUUUCUGGCUUAGCAGUUGCACUGAAGCAGGCUACAACUCCAGAAUACAGAGCCUAUCAAGAGCAAGUUCUAAGUAAUUGCUCAAAGUUUGCGGAGACGUUGGUUCAGAAUGGCUAUGAGCUUGUUUCUGGUGGGACUGAGAACCACUUAGUUUUGGUGAAUUUGAAGAACAAGGGUAUUGAUGGUUCCAGAGUUGAAAAGGUGUUGGAAGCUGUUCAUAUUGCAGCCAACAAAAACACAGUCCCUGGAGAUGUUUCUGCCAUGGUUCCCGGUGGCAUCAGGAUGGGAACCCCCGCUCUUACUUCCAGGGGAUUCAUUGAAGAGGAUUUUGCUAAAGUUGCUGACUUCUUUGAUGCUGCUGUGAAGCUGGCUGUGAGGAUAAAGGCAGAAAGUACAGGAACAAAGUUGAAAGAUUUUUUGGCAACAAUGCAGUCGAGUGCUCCUAUUCAAUCUGAGAUUGCAAAGCUCCGACGCGAUGUUGAGGAGUAUGCAAAACAAUUCCCGACAAUUGGAUUUGAGAAAGAAACCAUGAAAUACAAAAUCUAAGGAAUCCUCUGCGCCCGGUAACCACUUUUUAGGAGUAUCGUGUAUUGGGCUGUCCCUUUGUUGAAGGCCGUCAUGCUAGAUUUGCUUUGGCUAAACUAAAAAAAGUUUUGUUUUCAAAAUCAUCAUUGUAGACCAUUGCACCAGUGAUGGACAACACCGUGCAUGACUGGCAUUGUAAUAAUACAUCAUAUAUAUUCUAGUUAUGAAUACACCAUGUACACUAGAUAUAAUAAAUACGGUGUUUUUAAGAAA